UUGAGACACUUUCCUGAAAAUGCUAGCGUCGCAGUGCGUUGCCAAACGCUCAGCGCGCCACAGGCAGGGCACUGGAGGACGCCGAGUAGCUCGGUGGGACGAAGAGUGGGCAUUGCAGGCACCAUGUCGGUUCAGGGGAAAACGCCGAACGCUAGGGAAGGCCAUGGUCUUCCCCGACCUCGUAUCGCAGAUUACUUCUCAGGGCGACACGUCCUGGUGACGGGCGCCACGGGCUUCAUGGGGAAGGUGCUCGUCGAGAAGCUCAUCCGCUCGUGCCCUGGGAUCGGCGGCGUGUUCUUGUUGCUGCGGCCCAAGCGCGGUAAGGCUGUCCAGGACCGCGUCAAGGAGAUACUGGAGUCACCGCUGUUCUCCGUGCUCGAGGGCAAGCACCCCGGCCUGGCCGCCCGCCUCCUGGUGGCCGUCAGCGGGGACGUGUCCCUGCCCGGCCUAGGCCUGUCGGCCGCGGACAGGGCGCUGCUCCAGGACAAGGUGGCCGUCGUGUUUCACGGCGCGGCCACGGUGCGCUUCGACGAGCCGCUAAAGAGCGCCAUCACCAUCAACGUAAGGGGCACUCGAGAGCUGGCCGAGCUGGCCGUCGGCAUGAAGAGGCUGCAGGCCUUCGUGCACGUCUCCACCACGUACUGCAACACGGACCGGCCGGAGAUAGACGAAAAGAUCUACCCGCCGCACGCCGACUGGGCCAAGAUGAUCGGCGCGAUGGAGACGCAGGACAGCCAGCACCUGGACAUCCUCACGGCCAAGCUGCUGGACGGGCUACCCAACACUUACACCUUCACCAAGUCUCUGGGAGAGCACUGCAUCUACUCGUAUCGUGACAAGAUACCACUUGUCAUAUUCCGACCCUCCAUAGUGAUCUCGUCCCUCUCGGAGCCCGUGGCCGGCUGGAUGGACAACUUCCACGGCCCCGUGGGCCUCAUGGCCGCGGCGGGGAAGGGCCUGGUGCACGUCGCCCUGGCCGACUCGGAGGUGGUGGCCGACUACAUGCCCGUGGACAUCGCCAUCAAGGCCAUCAUCGUGGCUGCGUGGGAGAGGGCGACCGCCGGGAGGCCACCGAGCAGGCCACCGGGCCGGGAGGUCCCCGUCUACAACUGCUCCUCUGCGGCCGUCAAGCCCGUCGUCAUGUCCGAGAUGGUGGCAAUGGCGCGGCCGCUGGCCGCCGAGGUUCCGUUCGACAACGUGCUGUGGCCCCCCAUGACCCUGACGACCAGCUCGCGCGCCCUGCUGCUGGUCGGCACCCUGCUCCUGCACAUGAUUCCCGCGCUCUUCAUGGACGCCGCUCUCCUGCUGUCCGGCAGGCGGCCCAGGAUCUGGCGCAUGCAGAGGCGCAUCUACGCGGCGCAGGACUCGCUCGCCCCGUUCCUGCUGCGAUCCUGGACCUUCCGGAACGCCAACGCGCUCGCCCUCGACACCGUCGUCCUGCCCGAGGACGCCGCCGACUUCAAGUUCGACUUCCGGGACGUGGACGUGAAGUCCUACUUCCGCAACGUGGCCAUCGGCGGCCGGCGCUACCUCCUCAAGGAGCGCGACGAGGACCUGCCCAAAGCCAAGGCGCACUACGCCAGGAUGGUGAUGAUCGAUAAAACGGCCCGGGUCCUGCUGCUCUCGUUCGUGUUGUUUUGGGUCCUGCGCAGUGAGCUGUAUAUGUGGCCAAUUAACGUUAUCAGCUUUCUGCUCACGCUAUAAAAGUGGCGACCUCCGUGAGCCUCCUAGUCCGUCUGUCUUCCCGCCCGCCCGCGACCGACCACCACCACCAAGCCGCGGGGGAAGCGCGGUGGAGAGAGAGGGAGAGGAAUGUCGCUGUGGAUGAAAAAAAAAAGCUUGACACGCCAUCUAUUCCUAAGCAGUUUUUAAUCGAUGAUGAUUGCGGUAGAUCAGAUUGAUCGAUGCGUCAACAAGAAAUUUUUAUAGGCGCGCACGCCGGCCUGCUGGGUACGUACGUACGACGACGACGUACCGGGCGGCCGCAGUCGAGCGCGUUAUUGGCAAAACGCGUAAAGACCUGUGCUGCUGCAGCAGACCUGUGCGAUGAAAACACAAUAAAGUUGGCGCGUAAUCACCUUC